AUGAGCAAAUUAAAUAGUGAAUUGUUGUCCCAAGCAGUGGAUGAUAUUUUGGCGUUUUCAGCUGGUGAGACAGUAACAAUCAAUGGAAAUGAGCUCAAGGGUAAAAAGCGUAACUUUAACGAAACCAUUGAGCUUCAGAUUGCACUCAAGAACUAUGAUCCACAAAAGGACAAACGUUUCAGUGGUACAUUCAAGCUACCGACCGUACCACGUCCGAAUAUGAAGAUUUGUGUCUUGGGGAAUGCUGUACACUGUGAAAUGGCAGAGAAAGAAGGGUUUGAGUACAUGACAGUGGAUGAUCUGAAAAAAUUCAACAAGAACAAGAAGGUCAUUAAGAAAUUUGCGAAAAAGUACGAUGCCUUUCUUGCUUCCGACACGUUAAUCAAGCAAAUUCCACGUCUAUUAGGUCCUGGACUUAACAAGGCUGGUAAAUUCCCUACCCUUGUGACAUCAAAUGAUUCGUUGACGGAGAAGGCAGAUCAAGUACGUGCUACCAUUAAGUUCCAGAUGAAGAAAGUUAUGUGCUUGAAUGUUGCUAUUGGCCACAUUGCUCUUGAGAAGCAGCAGAUUGUAGUAAACACGCAAUUGGCGGCAAACUUUUUGGCGUCAUUGCUGAAGAAGAACUGGCAAAAUAUCAAGGUGCUGUACCUCAAGUCGACCAUGGGCCCCCCUGUACAGAUCUUCUUUUAG